GAAAUACUCCACUAGGGUGUGCCGUGCUGACACACGUCACAUGCUUUGCCUCCCAUGGUCAGUCUUUUUUAGGCCAUGCAUACACACCACUUCCUUUCCCCUCUAUAUCCUACAUACCUCCAGGUAAGCCAGUUCUGACAACAUAACGCUUCAGCACAGCAUCUCACCUCUUAAGAGACCUAUUUGUCCUGAGCCCUACGACCAACCAUGUCUGCACCUCAGAAACAGACUAUCGAGCGCCAAGCAGUUGAGACGGAUACAAGUCAGACACAAGUGGCAAAGCAGGAAGCCCCAAGAGGUCACCAUUCUGCUGGUAUAAUAGGUGGAUCUGAGUGUUCUACCAAGAAUCAAAGCCAUGGCAAUCCCAAUUUCACUAAGGGUGCCCAUAUUGAUGAUGCAGAUUGGGAUAUAGUCAGCAGCGCGGAGGAAGAUGGAAAGGCUAAGAAUCAGCCAUGUGGCGGUUAUUCUGGACAUUUCAACAUUGAUGUGGGUUGGGGCAAAUGGAAACAUAGGUUGUAUGAGAGCAACUGGAACUUUGGCCAUCAUCAUGAUAAUCCGGAGGACAAGCGGUAAAGGUCAGAAGGGAUGAUACCUAUAAUUCUCCUAGUUAACAAUUAGCCUCUCGAUUCUUUCCCGCCUAAAUGUUCAGUUCUCGCUGAAUUUUGCUUGCUAAGUGGAUCUGAGCAAGCCCUAAGCACUCUGACUACACUUGAGUCGUUCACAGACCUUCAGCGUACGAAGAAACUGUGCUCAUAUUGAUGACCUCUGGUUGUCAGUGGUCAGUGUUUAGUAAAAUAAGUACC